UAUUAAAGGAAAGUAUUGUAAUGAGAGAAGAGCGUGAAAGACAGCACGAGUCUGAUUCAGAUAGACUAUUUAUGCUUUCACUUCUAGAUGAUUUUAAAAACAUCCCGAGACAUCGUAAGCUUUCUACAAAAAUGGAGUUAAUUGAAGUUAUAAAAAGAGAUCUAAUGGAAACUCACGAUUCCGAAUUUAGUCCGUUUCGGCAACGUUAUGUUGAUUAUGAACCAGGAACAUCGGCCGCCACAUCAUAUAGACCACAAACAUCGUUCAGUGGACAAUAUCGCCAAGGUCAAGGAUACUCGACUGAAUAUGGACCGGAAACCACAAGUGGUGGGCAGUAUCACUAUAUGCACUCGACACACUCGAAUUAUAGACCAGAAGCCUCGACCACUGAAAGCCCCCGUGGACAGGCAAGACAAUACUGUUUAUACUGAUGCGUUAUCACCAACUGACACAAAUACAACAGAUACGUCUCAGGGUUCUGAAUUACUAGAACUAUUUACUACACAGGACAACUUGAACUAGGAAAUUCAUUACCAUACAUGUAAGAAAUAAAUAAUAAAUGUUAU